AUGAUUCGAUUAUAAAGGCAAGCAAAAAGUUUUUUAAGAAUAUAAGAAUUAGCUUAGCAAAUAAAUAAACAAUCUUUUUCAAAAUCACUAAAUCCGGAAUAAUAAAUAAAUUAAUUUAUUUCAUAACAUUUUAAUAUUCCUCAUCCCGAAAAAGUUCAUAAAGGAGGUGAAGAUGCUUAUUUUUGCAACAGUCAAUUGUGUUGUGUUGCUGAUGGAGUAGGUGGUUGGGCUGAAUAUGGAAUAGACCCAGGUCUUUAUAGUAAAGAAUUGGUUAAAGAUAAUGAUUUAAUUGUUCAAGGUACUGAUGGAAUAUUUGAUAAUAUUAAUGAAGAAUAGAUUUUAGGGUGUAUUAAACCUUUUUGGGAAAAUAAUGAAAUUAUUAAUGACAUUAAAAUGCUUGCUGAAAUUAUUGCUAAAUAUGCUUUCAGACUUUCUUUAGAUCCAGCUUACAAUUCACCUUUUGCAAAAAGAGCGAUGGAAAAUAAACUUAGGUUUAAAGGAGGAAAAUCUGAUGAUAUUACAGUUGUAGUUGCAUAAAUUAGAAUUAAUAAUAAUAAAAAUAAUUGA